AUGGCCCUCUCCAUCUCCUCCACGCCGGUGCUGGUUGCUGUGACGGUGGCGUUGGUGGUCAUCAUCAGCUGGACAGUGCUGUCAAACCGAGGAGGACAUGACGACCAUCUCCCACUGCCCCCCGGGCCACCCGGCGAACCGCUCCUCGGGCAUUUGAGGAUUAUUCCCGCCGAUAACCCCGAAUAUGCCUACAUGGAGUGGUCUCGCGCAUACGGCUCCGAUGUCUUGUCGUUCAAGGUCCUGGGCCAGCCGAUCAUCGUCCUGAACUCGGUGCAGGCCGCCGCGGAUCUGCUGGACAAGAGGGGCGCCAACUACUGCGACAGGCCAAGAUUUGUCUUGUUUGAAAUCAUGGGGUGGCGCAAAACCCUAACCUUUCUGCGCUGCGGCCCGACGUUUAGGAUGCAUCGCCGGAUCCUGCAGCGGAGUUUUCAGAAGAGCAACAUUGCCCGGUAUCGCACUCUUCAAGAGAGAGAAGCCCGUGUGAUGCUCAAGGGGAUCCUGGACGACCCGGGAUUGUGGGAUAAUGCCAUCCGGCGGUUCGCAACCGCCGUCGUCUUGGCGAUAGGCUUUGGCAUCGCGGUCGAACGGGACGACGACCCCCUUGUGCAGGUCGCUGCCGAUGCCAGCUACGCACUGGCCCACGGCGGCGCCCCUGCGGGGACCCUGGUGGAUUUCUUCCCGUUUCUCCAGCACCUCCCCCCGUGGUUUCACGACCGCUCCCUCAAGUUCGCCAGGGCCUGGAAGUGGGCCAUACGCGACCUGCACGACAAGCCGUUUGACGCGGUGCUGUCGUCCGGAGGGACCCGUCGCUGCCUGAUGCAGGACAUGCUUGACCAGAGGCAGCUGCAAAUCGACGGCGGAGAAGAGCCGGAGCUGUCUUACGAAGACAUCAAGGGAGCCGCUGGCGCCGUCUUUGCCGCGGGCCAGGACACCACAUGGGCCACCCUGACGGUGGUGAUCCUAAACAUGCUCCUGCACCCCGACGUGCAAGCCAAAGCUCAGUCUGUGCUGGACGGGGUGGUCGGCCGCGACAGGUUGCCUACUUUCGACGACAGGCCCAAGCUGAGGUACAUCGACUACAUUGUGCAGGAGACCUUUAGAUGGUGCCCCGUAUCCCCAUUGGGGGUCCCCCACAGGUCCUUGGAGGACGAUGUCUACAAAGGGUUCCGCAUCCCCGCGGGCUCCUUUGUUUUUGCCAACGCCAGAGCCAUGACCCACGACGAGGAGACGUACACGGAUCCCGACAGCUUCAACCCGGAUCGGUUCGCGCCGGUGGAGCUGGGCGGCCUGGGAGAGCCGUAUCCGACCGGUCACUUUGGCUACGGCCGAAGGGCUUGUGUUGGGCAGCACCUCGCCGAGGCCAGUGUCUGGAUAGCGGUGGCCGCGAUGCUCAGCAAGCUAAACAUUGAAAGGGCCAAGGACGAGAACGGCAACGAAAUCGUCCCCACGGUGGAACUGACCAACGGGUUGACAAGUCAUCCAAAGCCGUUUCCGUGUCGCAUCGUUCCUCGAGAUGUAGGAAGCGCAGCUUUGAUCAGACGUGCCACGCCAUAG